AUGAAGGAUGAAAUUGAUUCAAGGAAACACUAUUUAUUCGAUCAGUUGAAGACAUUGAGGUCAAUGUUUGAUCAUUUCAAUGAAAAUCUUUCAAAGCGUCACGAAGUCAGUAAAUCAUUUAAAGAGAUCGCCGAAGUGAUUCGGAUAGAUGUAGAAAACCAGAGAUUGAAACUGAAGGCAGAGGUAGAUUCCUUGACUGAGUCUGUAUUGACCGAGUUAUCGUCUCUAGUUGCGGAAGAAGAAAAAUCACACAAUCAGGAUUGUCAAAUUGACGAAAGAAACGUCAUAGAGAUAAAGAAACUAAUCACAGAUGUAGAGCAAGAGGCAAAGAAAUUGACGUGUGAAACCCCGUUUGAGCUGACAGGGAAACAGAGAACCGCCACACUGCUGUAUGAUGUUGCUGCGAAGAGAGUGUUACCUCGUCCUCCACAUCUCGUGUCUGGACAGCUUAAUCUGAAUCAUUUGAAAACAAUGAUUGGAUAUCUCGUGAUCGACAAGUUGGAAGUUUUGGGGUAUGAGAAAAAGGAAAUUGACAAUCAUCACGUUCAACACAUCUCCAGAUUCCGAGUGCCACAAAAGAGACAAGUCAACUCAAUAUGUGCUAUUGACGAAUCUCACGCAUGGGUGUUAGUGCAUGGGUCUGAAGGAUUGAUUCAGCUCAACAAGCAAGGCAAGGUAACGGAUACCAUCCCACUUGACUUCAAACCAUGGUGUCUAACAUUGGCCAGCAACUCCGAGCUACUGAUCACGUGCCAGGGUGAUUCCCCAAUGAUAUACAAACUGUCUAACGACAGACAAGUGACCGUAUUUGCUGACAUCAGUCCUAUGCAAGCUUGGGAUACCGGCGUUGAUGAGAGUGGCGAAAUUUUCGUUAGUACUAGAACCCAAACAAUACUGGUUCUAAACAGCUUCGGAAACAUUGUCAGACAAAUCAAUUGUGGACAGAAUGUGCUGAGUAUCGUCUGUUUAACAGGUGGAAUGUUCGCUUUCGCCACGGGUAGACCGUAUAAUUGUAAAGAAUUGUUCAUCAUUGACAAACGUGGGCAGAUCCUAUAUAAGUGGGGAGGAGAACUGGACAAUGGUACUACGCUUUCGAAGAUAGGACAGUGUAAUAUAGCACGUGAUAUGUAUGACAGAGUGUUUGUACCAGACUUCAACACAAAACAAGUGUACGUCAUCACGGGGGAAGGGAGAAAUCCCAGGUGCCUCCUAGACAAGAACCACGGCGUCAUUCGUGCACUGGCAGUCUGCGUGGACAAGUGUGGACAUGUUUGGCUCGGCUGCAGUGAUGGCAGAGUACAUGUUAUGCAGCUGUGA